AUGGGGGACUCGGAUAACUGGGGGCAUGAUUACUUAGAAGAGCACGAGUCUCAUCACACCGAGGAGUUCGGUGGACCUGACCUUUAUCUAGCCCCUGGCCACCCACACACCAGACCUCCAGCACCCGAGACUCUCCCUCAUGCCGACCCGGCAAUGAGACUUCUCUUUGAGAAGGUCCGGCGCCUGGAGAAUGAGCAGCAGCGCAACCACCAACCCCUCUGGGCGAAGCCACGACCUAGGCCCUUUACCGAACGCAUCCUUAAUUACCACCAGGAGAAGGAAAUCCAGCCCCUCCGCAUCGCCUUCUACACUGGCACAGAGGAUCUCCUCACCCAUAUACAUUCUUUCCUGUCUGCCCUGGGGUGCAAAGGCUUAACCGACGAGGGCAUGUGCCUCCUCUUCCCAUCCACUCUCAGCGGUGCGGCCCUGAAUUGGUUCUACAGGCUGAGCCCCCACACCAUCAACACGUUUAACAGUCUGAAGCAGGCCUUCCUGGACCAUUUCAUGAUCCAAACUGAUCGCCUCUACUCCGCGAACGACCUGUACAUGCUUAGGCAAGGUGAGGAUGAGCCCCUUCGGGAGUAUGCAGCCAGGUUUAACCACGAGUACUCCCGCUGCCCAGAGACCGAUGAUCGUGCCGCCUUUGGUGCUUUCAAGAGUGGCCUCCGUGAGUCCAACUUUCGGUACCUAGUGCACAGCAACCCCUGGAACACAUAUGGUGAAUUAAUGAAGCAGGCAGCAGUUCAUGCCAAUGCUGAGUACUUCAACUCCAAACGUGGCCCGGCCACCCCGGCACAUCAUCUUUUCGCUGAUCCCCCACCUGCUUCAACACCCAACUCAGCCCCGCCUCAACAUUCUACUCCCGCCCCAAGUACCCAGGGUACCCAGCACCCCAAGCGGAAGGAUAACUACCAGCAUACCUUCAACAAUAGCAAGCGGGGCAGACAUAGCAACCACCACCAGUCCAGCGGGGGCAACCCACACAGGGCAGGUGAUCGGGCUCUACUCCCAUUCUCACCCAAUCUUAGGUUCGAAGUCUUCACCACCCUGAACACUACCUACGAGAAUGUCCUGGUGCACGAGGCACCUAUCAUACCUAAGCCUCCCCCCCGAAGACCAGGCAGCAAGCCCAUGCCCAACACGGGUGUCUUCUGUCGCUUUCAUCAGUUCGGUGGACACGACACCGAAUCUUGUGUUGCCUUGCGCAACAUCAUUGAAUGA